GUACAAAGACCUCUGAUGUUCGAUAGCUCAGUACCUUGGUCACAAACUUCCGCACUGUAUAACCCCCGAGGUUUGAUGCAAAGACCUCCUUGCCACGCCCCUUCAGUUCCUAUAGUAAGGCCAUUCCAGCCUAGUGAGCAGGGCUCUCCCUGGAUAUCUCAGCAAGGAUCAGCUCCGCCUCUGAGCGAUCCCCUUGUCACUGCACAAGGGCCCGCUCCGCCCUCAGGGCUGGGCUCCCCCUGGGUAUGGGUAGAAAGAUCGGCUCCGCCCCUGGACACCAGUCAAGGGGCGGUACAAGGGUCUGUUACACCCUGGGCGGUCCCCCCUUUUAAACCAAAGUCUCCGGAGAAUCUCACCCAAACCAUGACGAAUCUGGAGAAGCCUAAUAUCGCAGGCCACAUGUUCGACGUAGUCGUGAUUGGAGGCGGCAUCUCAGGGUUGGCUGCUGCCAAACACUUGUCUGAAUAUAAAAUUAAUGUCUUGGUUUUGGAAGCCCGUGAUAGAGUUGGAGGAAGAACACAUACUGUGAGGAAUGAGCAUGUUACAUGGGUAGAUGUUGGCGGAGCCUAUGUGGGACCAACACAGAACAGAAUCUUACGCUUGUCUAAAGAGCUAGGCAUAGAGACUUAUAAAGUGAAUGUCAAUGAACGUCUAGUUCAGUAUGUCAAGGGGAAAACUUACCCAUUUCGUGGUGCAUUUCCACCUGUGUGGAAUCCCUUGGCCUACUUGGAUUAUAACAACCUUUGGAGGACAAUGGAUGAAAUGGGAAAAGAGAUCCCCUUUGAUGCACCAUGGCAAGCACCGCAUGCUGAGGAAUGGGACAGGAUGACCAUGAAAGAUCUCAUUGACAAAAUCUGUUGGACAAAAACUGCUCGGGAAUUUGCUACUCUUUUUGUGAAUAUCAACGUGACUUCUGAGCCACAUGAGGUAUCUGCCCUGUGGUUCCUGUGGUAUGUGAAACAGUGUGGUGGCACCACUAGGAUAUUCUCAGUUACCAAUGGAGGCCAGGAACGGAAAUUUGUAGGUGGAGCUGGCCAAGUAAGUGAAAAGCUGAUGGACCUCCUUGGGGAUAAAGUGAAGCUGAGCUCUCCUGUUACUUAUAUUGAUCAAACAGAUGACAACAUCAUUGUAGAGACACUGAAUCAUGAACACUAUGAGUGUAAAUAUGUCAUUAGUGCCAUCCCACCAAUUUUGACGGCCAAGAUCCACUUCAAACCAGAACUUCCAUCUGAGAGAAACCAGUUAAUUCAACGUCUUCCAAUGGGGGCUGUCAUCAAGUGCAUGGUAUAUUACAAGGAAGCCUUCUGGAAGAAAAAGGACUAUUGUGGAUGCAUGAUCAUUGAAGAUGAGGAAGCACCAAUUUCAAUCACUCUGGAUGACACCAAACCAGAUGGUUCACUGCCUGCCAUCAUGGGCUUCAUACUUGCCCGAAAAGCUGAUCGACUUGCUAAGCUACAUAAAGAAACAAGGAAGAGGAAAAUCUGUGAGCUGUAUGCCAAAGUUCUGGAAUCUCAAGAAGCUUUAUAUCCAGUCCAUUAUGAGGAGAAGAACUGGUGUGAGGAGCAGUACUCCGGGGGCUGCUACACAGCCUACUUCCCUCCUGGCAUCAUGACCCAGUAUGGAAGGGUGAUUCGCCAGCCAGUAGGCAGGAUUUACUUUGCAGGCACAGAAACAGCAACACAGUGGAGUGGCUACAUGGAAGGAGCAGUCCAAGCUGGAGAACGAGCAGCUAGAGAGGUCUUGAAUGCUCUAGGAAAAGUUGCAAAGGAAGACAUAUGGGUUCAAGAGCCUGACUCCAAGGAUGUUCCAGCAUUUGAAAUUACCCAUACCUUCUUUGAGAGGAACCUGCCUUCUGUGCCUGGUCUACUAAAGAUCACUGGUGUUUCCACCUCCGUGGCCCUUCUCUGCUUUGUAAUGUACAAGUUUAAACUGCUGCUGUGAUCUUGAUCUUUUUGACCCUCGGGCCUCCUGCUUGAUCCCAUCACCAUCAAAAGGAAAAUGUGGAUGAAUUAUAGCCUGUGUCAUUGGGCCAUUUAAGUGCACUUGAUUUAACCCUCCUCAGUUUAUUCUCAGUCUUUGUAAAGUGACAACAAUCCAAAGAAUUAAUUACCUAGAUAAUUUUAGUAAGAUCAAGUUUCAUCCUGUUUGUUAGACUAAUUUGUGUUGGUUGAUUGAAUAAAAUCCUGUGAGCGCUUAGUUUCAAAAUGGUGAAGUACAUGUGAGGAAUAAUUUCUGAGUUCGUCUUUUCUUGCCUUUAAUGCAAAAUGGAUGGUUUCAGAAAUAAAACACUUUACUGUGAUUUAUAUGUAGGUACCCAGAUGUGCAGAGUAAAAUAGUAGCUGAAAUCUUCCCUACGUGGCCUCACUAACCAAUUCCAUUUGAAACAAACUACAAUAGGCACUUUCUUUUCUGGACUGUAUCUAAACAUGAAUUGGCCCUCGUCAGUAACAUUCUGUGCUUAUUUAAGAAAAUUAGCAUUUUUUAGGUGUUCCCUGGCUGUCUGAUCACAGAAUUAAAUCUCUAAAUCAACCCGUGUCUUCAAUAUGGUUAAAUAGUAGCAUGCCAUUUUUCUCAAGUACCAAAGGACACAUGAAAUUUUCUCUAUUGUUAUUCAUUGAGACAGUCAAAUACAGGGCUCAAUCUGAUAAUAUUACUUCUUUUAAUUAUUUGGUUUUAUACCAAGCAUUAAAUUGAAUGAAUUUAUAUAUCCAGACUUAGGAUUCUUAGAAUUAUUGUGGGCCUGGAAUGAUGCCUAUGCUUCUCUUUCCCAUUUGAAAACUGCCAAUUAAAAAAAAUAAGAAAAAACAAAAUAUGUUCCAAAGGUUUCCCUAAACAGCACUUCCUUUUUAAAAGAUGUAAACAUAUUUCUUAUUUAAGAAGAACUAAAUCAUUGCCAGCACAUGCCAGCCAACCCAAAUUUAUGACAGUAGCUUUAUCAUAAAUGUUUGCCCAUUGUAAGAACAAAAAUCUAGAUUUUUCUGCCCUGUUUUAUCUUGCAAUUCAAGGGCAUUUUAACUAACUUAGAAAAUUGAAUGAUAUCUUAGAUAUUCACCAGUACGUAAGGAGUUUCCUAGAUUCAUAAUAAACUGCAGGGAGAAUUCUCAUCACUAAUCUGUUAGAUUUGUGUGCAUUAGCUUACUGAUUAAUUCAGUCCUGACACACCUUGAAAAAUGAUUUAAACAGCUGAACUGAAAAGGUUUCUAACAGUAUUCAGAUUAUUAGCAUUAAACUAUUGAAUGCUGAAAAUCUCCUGAGUUUGCAGUUUACCCUCUUCUGCUUCUUAGAAAUCCAAUUAACCAAUCCUGAUGAUAUUAAUCCUAUUAAGCCACAGCUUUUAUAGUAAAAUGAUUUCUAGUACAGAUGUGCUCAGACAUGUAAUGAGAGUUGAGAAACAUCAUAUGUGAGGCUGUCUACCACAAAGAUAACAUAGCUCUAAACAGAGAAAAAAGUAAUUUUAAGAGGUUGAUAAUCCCCUUCACAGUUCUGAAGGCCAAUUGGCCUUUUUCCAUAGUUAGUAUGAGAAUUAGACUUAAGAAGUACACCUAUUUGCCACAGCUGUUAAAUAUUGUCUCAUAUUAUGAUGAAAAAAAUUAAACUUUACUGAAGGACUGUGAACUAUGUUUUGUUUGGUGGUUGUGAACUUGGUGCCUAAUGUUCAAUGUCCAAACUUGGCCCCAGUACUACACGUGGGUAUAUGUUUAUGUAUAUGAUUUGCCACUGAAGUAAGAUUUUGUCUGUAUGGUACUGGGUUUUGUUGCUGUUAAUAAAAUGUGAUGCCAUCCUUCCUUCA